AUGCAGCAGCCCCCCGGCCCCGCCGCCCGCCUGGCCGUCGCCUGCCUGGUGAAUCUCUUCCUCACUGGGAAACUCGGGAGUGCAGUGCCCUCCUUAGCUGCCUGCAGUGGAAAGUUAGAGCAGCACACAGAGAGACGGGGUGUCAUCUACAGUCCUGCCUGGCCUCUGAACUACCCUCCUGCCACAAACUGCAGCUGGUACAUCCAAGGAGACCAUGGAGACAUAAUAACGAUUAGCUUUAAGAACUUUGACCUGGAGGACUCCCACAAGUGCUCACUGGACUGGCUGAUGAUCGGCCCAUCGGCCCGGCGGGAAGAUUACCGUGUGUGCGGCUCCACCGUCCCUCCUGUCUUCAUCUCCUCCCGUGACCACGUCUGGAUAUUCUUCCACUCAGAUGCUUCCAGCUCGGGCCAGGCUCAGGGCUUCCGCUUGUCUUACAUCAGAGGGAAAACAGGCCAGUCCGUGUGCCAGACAGAUGAGUUCCACUGCACCAACGGCAAGUGUGUGCCCAGCCCAUGGCGGUGCAACUCCGUGGACGAGUGCGGGGAUGAGUCAGAUGAAAGAAACUGCACGGCGCCCCCGACGGAGCAGCCUCCAAGCCUGUGCCCCACAGGCACCUUCCCCUGCCCCGCGGCCCUGUCCACCACCCGGUGCCUUCCCCUGGAGCGGCGCUGCGACGCGGCCCGGGACUGCGGGGAUGGUUCGGACGAGCUGGGCUGCCCCGACCUCUCGUGCGGCAAGCACCUGGGCAACUUCUACGGCUCCUUCGCCUCGCCCGACCUCUUCCGGGGGGACCACUCCCAGGCCGACCUCCACUGCACCUGGUACGUGAACACCCAGGACACCCGCCACGUGCUGCUGCAGCUGGACCUGCAGCUGGGCUACAGUGACUACGUGCAGGUGUUCGACGGGCUGGGGGAGCAGGGCGACCGGCUGGUGAAGACCCUAUCCUACCGCAGCAACCGCCGACCGGUCAGCGUGGAGGCCCCCCGGGGCCAGCUGACGGUGGUCUACCACGCCCGGGCCAAGAGCACCGGCCACGGGUUCAACGCCACCUACCAAGUCAAGGGCUACUGCUUGCCUUGGGAGCGGCCGUGCGGGAGCGACGAGGGCUGCUUCGCGGAGCGGCAGCGCUGUGAUGGCUGGUGGCACUGCCCCGGCGGCAAGGAUGAAGAGGGCUGCCCGGCCUGCCGGAAGGGUGAGUACCCGUGCGAGGGCAACAGCGGGCUCUGCUAUGCCCUGCCGGACCGCUGCAACAACCAAAAGAAUUGCCCCGACGGCUCGGACGAGAAGAACUGCUUCUCAUGCCAGCCGGGCAAUUUCCACUGUGGCACCAACCUGUGCAUCUUCGAGACCUGGCGCUGCGACGGGCAGGAGGACUGCCAGGAUGGCAGCGACGAGCACAACUGCCUGGUGGUGGUGCCCCGUAAGGUGAUCACAGCCGCCCUCAUCGGGAGCCUGGUCUGUGGGCUGCUGCUGGUCAUCGCUUUGGGCUGUGCCUUCAAGCUGUACUCGCUUCGCACCCGGGAGUACCGGGCAUUUGAGACCCAGAUGACGCGGCUGGAGGCCGAGUUUGUGCGCCGGGAGGCUCCCCCGUCCUAUGGUCAGCUCAUUGCUCAGGGGCUCAUCCCCCCAGUAGAGGACUUCCCCCUAUACAACGCAUCACAGGUGUCGGUGCUGCAGAACAUCCGGUCGGCCAUGAGACGCCAAAUGCGCCAGCACUCCUCCCGCCGGAGCUCCUCCCGCCGGCGCCUGGGCCGCCUCUGGAACAGAUUCUUCCACCGCCCCCGGGCACGAGGGCAGAUCCCUCUCCUGACCCCCGCGCGUCCCUCCCAGACCAUCCUGGGGGACGGCAUCAUCCAGCAGACCGAUGGGGGUAGGCCGAGUCCCCCAGCCUCCCCCGAGGGCUGUGGCCCGGAGGAGGAGGCAGAUGCCCAGGCCGGGGGGCCGCCCCAGUCCCCGGGCUCCGCCCUACCGCCCCCAGACACGACCUCCUUGGAACCAUCCCCAUCGGACGCGCCUGUGGUCACCUGUACGGCCAGUGGCCUGGAGCCUGGCCAUGCGGACAAGUUUUCAGGCCCCGGGGAGGGCCCCAGGAGUGAACUCAGGCCUGUCAGCAAAGGGGAGCCAGGAAAGACCUUCAGGGAUCCUUUGUCUGACAGCAUGACAGAGAUGCUGCGGGACGGGAGGGGCCCCACCCCCAGGAGAAUUGUCGGGGGGAGUGGCAGCUCCUUGCGAUGUGCCCCACUGAGCGGCGAAGGGCCUGACCGGCGGCCCUCUCAGAAGUGGGAGCCAGCCCACACGGACCGCCCCCCAAAUGUCUCCCUCCCCCCAGAGGGUCUGCCCCCAUGCUGCCCCCCGUCCUGUCAGGAGGAGCCUCUGGGCAUCCACACAGCUUGCUGCCACACCGUUCAAGUGCUGAUGCCCCAGGCCCCUUCCCCGCUCUCCGACCCCAACACCAGCGAUGAUGAAUCUCUACUUGUUUGCUGAUGAUACUUGCCUCCCUCCUCCCCGGUGGGUCGAUCCUGUCCCCAGGAGAAUGAUGGGAAAUUCACCCAGGUCUGAUGGACCAGCUGCACACGGUCUGUCCUCACUGCCUGGACCCACCCUGGGGCGAAGGACAAAUGGACUCUGUGAGGGACCACCCGGGGCCUGGAGGGAGUGGAAAGUGAUUGUCUCAGAGAGGAUCUUGAGGUGCCUUCUGGUUCCUCUCUCCUAUAUGUAUUCUUUGCCUUCAUUUUGCAAUCAGGGAUUAGGAGGUGGUGAUUUCUGUAGUUUGUCAGGCAGCUUCAUGCUGAAGGAGCCUUUCCAGGGGCUCAGCACCACUGGAGGGAUGAGAAACUGUUUGCUGUGGUAUCUCCUCAAUUUGGGGGUUGGGGGGAGUGGGAUGGAAGGGGCUGGGGCACAGAGCCCUGGGCAGGUGUGGCUAGCUGUUGCACCGUUAGCUGGUCAUGGAAGGCCCUGUCAUCUGCCGGCCCUCCAAGCCCCAGUCACAUCCAGGGAUGACCGACUGUAUAGGGCCUUCUGUGGCUGCCGGGAGAGAUGUUGGCCCACAGUCCUGUGGCUCGAGCCAGGCUAGGUUCUGGCCUGUGCAGGGCAUUAGGUUGGUAGACUGAACGCUCGCUUGGGAAUAGCACAGGAGGCGCUUGGGUUGGCUUUCUGAGCAGGUGGGCUGGUCUCAGGGUUCACCCCUACCUAUUGGUUGACUCUGGGCCAUCUCUCUCUUCUCUUAAAGCUUAACCUACUGCCGGACGUCCAUUAGGAGAAAAAAACAGUUGAAACCUAGGCCUUGUGAGGCAGGAAAGCCCUGGGAGAGGGUGUGGCCAGCCAGCUCGAGGCGAGCUUUCUGAACAGUGGGGUGGCAAAGCAAGCCAGAUGCUGUCCCAUGGCAAAGCCCCAGGGUGGGAAUACUCGUCCCCAGCCUGUGUAGGCUGUGCCCAGGACCACAGAUUCGUUCUGGGCAUCUCCUGCAGGGUGGAAGUUCAGGCAAGAGGGAAAAGAGGGAUGUCUGUAGGCUAUUGGCAUGGGGCAUGUUGAGGGGGAAUGGCUAAAGGAUCAAGGCUAGCUUGGAUCCAAGCUCAGUGACUUCAGGGUUGAAGGGGCAGAAACACCAAGAGAGAGAUCAGGGCUUAACUGGUUCCUCCCCGCAGGCCAAAUUCCCAUGAUGCCAAGCCACAGGGUGGCCCUGUGGGGAAGAACUUCUGGGGGAUAGGGGUUUGAAUUAUAAGGGUAGGUCCCGGCCUAAAGUGCAUCAUACCCUUCAGGCUUGAGCAGCCUCUGAGGUAAUCUGACUCUGGAGGAGAGAGCUCAGGGCGGUGAAACAUUGAGGAAGGUAAACUCUGUGCUGAGUAUCCCUUCACAACAGGAAGGAAUGUCACCAUUACAGUGGAACAGCCCAGAAGGAGGAGCGAACCACAUAGUGUCCGAUGUUUCACUGGGUCCAGCACUGGGGAGCUGAGCUCCAUUUUAAGUUGCCAUCAAUCAAUCAGUCAAUCAGCCUUGACCCCAUUUUUCUUUUGUUUCCUUCUAGAGCCAUAGUCGGGUACCAAACAGUCCUGGGGGUGGCUCUUCAACCAAAGUUUGUAUAUUGUUAUAUGCAGAGAGAGCCUGGUGCGUGUUGGGGUGGCUGGUUUUUUUGCGUUUUUUUGCCACUUUGAUUUUUUUUAGAAUAUCUGAAAAGCCAUGGUUUACUUGGAGACUACUCGUACCGGUUUAGGUUUGCAGCCAUAUUACUGACCCUGCCUCCCCUUGUCUUCUAGGAUCAUCUUCACCACCUUGUUGCUGCGGUUGACUUGCUGUUCUGUUUUACAGUAAACCUUUUUGUUUUUUUAAAGA